UUAAUUAUCUCCCUGUAUAUUUUCUCUCUUUAUUGAGUUGUAUCUUCUUAAAUAAUGUAACGUGAGUUGGAAGUUUUACUCCUUUUUCAGUAACCAUGAAGAUAUUUGAGUUCAUCGCUCUCUGUUUCUUCUUCAGUCUUUCGUUUUACAUGGUAUUCUCUGGAAGUGUACCAGUUACAGAAUCAGAACAAGCUAGUUUACCGCCAAGGGGCUGGAACUCUUAUGAUUCAUUUUGCUGGACAAUUUCUGAAGAAGAGUUCUUACAAAGUGCUGAAAUCAUUUCCAACCGUCUACGUCCUCAUGGGUACGAGUAUGUUGUGGUGGAUUAUCUCUGGUAUAGAAGAAAAGUCCCAGGUGCUUAUGUUGAUUCUCUUGGAUUUGAUGUAAUUGAUGAAUGGGGGAGAGUGAUCCCUGACCCCGAUAGAUGGCCUUCAUCUAGGGGUGGGAAAGGGUUUAGUGAAGUAGCGAAGAAAGUUCAUGCCAUCGGUUUGAAGUUUGGGAUUCAUGUCAUGAAAGGAAUAAGCACUCAAGCUGUUAAUGCAAACACUCCUAUUUUGGACACUUCCAAGGGAGGUGCCUAUGAGAAGUCAGGUCGGCAAUGGCGGGCACAAGAUAUAGGAAUCAAGGAGAAGGCCUGCCCAUGGAUGCCCCACGGCUUCAUGAGAGUAAAUACAAAGCUGGAAGCUGGAAGAGCUUUCUUGAGGUCAUUGUAUAAACAGUAUGCUGCUUGGGGUGUUGAUUUUGUUAAACAUGACUGUGUAUUUGGUGAUGACUUGGAUAUAGAUGAGAUAAGCUAUGUGUCAGAGGUUCUGAAGGAGCUUGACCGCCCCAUUGUUUACUCCUUAUCUCCUGGAACCAGUGUGACACCAGCUAUGGCCAAAGAUGUACAUGGAUUGGUCAACAUGUACCGGAUAACAGGGGAUGAUUGGGAUUCAUGGGGGGAUGUUGUAGGCCAUUUUAACGUGACAAGGGAUUUCUCUUCAGCUAAUAUGAUAGGUGCCAAGGGCUUGGGAGGAAAGUCAUGGCCUGACUUGGAUAUGCUACCGCUAGGAUGGCUUACUGAUCAAGGAUUGAAUGAAGGUCCACAUAGAACUUGUAACCUUACUCUAGACGAGCAAAGAACACAGAUAACUUUGUGGGCUAUGGCCAAGUCUCCCCUCAUGUUUGGAGGUGAUGUAAGAAAACUGGAUGAUACUACAUACAAAUUAAUUACAAAUCCUACUGUGCUGGAGAUCAACCAUUUUAGCUCAAACAAUAUGGAGUUUCCUUAUAUUAUUGGAACAAAGGAAACCACAAGGAAGAAUACGGUCAUCUCUCCACAUCCAUCAGAAGUUGGUACAUCAAAUAAACGUGUUUUGGGUCUCACAAGCUGCAAGUAUUCCAAAGCAAAUAGUUGGUCGAUUGAAGCUCUUGACCAAGAUCUUGAAAAAAUCUGCUGGAAAGGAGGCUUGGGAAACGAAUAUGAGGAACCUUUAUGCUUACACAAGAGAAAUUUUCUGGAUGAUGAAACAAUCUUCAAGCAGCAAUAUCAGGGGAAACUCCGUUUAUUAUCAACUGAAGAGAUGGAAUUCUGCUUGGAUGCCUCUUCUAAGCAGAAGCUUACUUCAAGAAAAUAUAAAAAUUCAUUUUCUGUUUGCAGCAGAGAUGCCAAUCAGAUGUGGGAAUUGAACAAUAAUGGAGCCCUUAUGAACAGUUACUCUGGUCUGUGUGCUACAGUUAGCUCACUUGAAGCUAAUACUGUCUCUGGUGGAGUCCGUUCUUGGAUUGCUACUGGGAGAAGAGGAGAAAUAUAUGUUGCAUUCUUCAAUCUGAAUGCCAAAAGGACAGUGAUAUCUGCAAAAUUAUCAGACCUGACGAAGGCAGUCCACGGGAAAAAUGUGAAAACAGGCACAUGCAAGUGUCGGGAAGUUUGGACUGAGAAAGACAUGGGAGUAUUGAAAGAGACAAUAUCAAUGGAAGUAGAGAUGCAUGGUUCUGCAUUGUUGGUUCUAAAUUGUUGACUACUGCAAGGGAGUUCUGAGCAUAAUUUAGCCGCAUGUUGCAUCCUAAUCCAGAGUACCACUACCCACAUGAUAAUCAAUAAUUUACUUAAUUUGUUAAUGUAUAUGAAAUAAGGAUUUUCUCUUUCUAUAAGACUUAUAUCAUACUUGACAAAAACACAGAACUUGUUUACUUA